GGUGCGGGGCGGGCGGAGGCGGCGGGUCGGGAGCGGAGCGGGAGGAGGCGGCGGCGGAGCGUGAUGGGCGCCUGACGCCCGGCCCGUCCCGCCGCCGAGGGACGAUGGCGCGGCCCCGCGGCGGGCGGUGGCUGCUGGGUGUCCUGCUGGCCCUGUGCCGCCUCGCCGCGCCGCUCGCCAAGAGCCUGGAGCCGGUGUCGUGGAGCUCCGCGAACCCCAAGUUCAUGACUGGGAAGGGACUGGUCAUCUACCCAGAGAUUGGGGAUAAACUGGACAUUAUCUGCCCCAAGGCGGAGCCAUCCAAGCCUUACGAGUACUACAAGCUGUACCUGGUGAGGAAGGAGCAGGCGGAUGCCUGCAGCACCGUCAUGGACCCCAACGUGCUGGUGACGUGCAACCGGCCCGAGCAGGAGAUCCGCUUCACCAUCAAGUUCCAGGAGUUCAGCCCCAACUACAUGGGCCUGGAAUUCAAGCGGCAGCAGGAUUACUUCAUCACAUCCACUUCCAACGGCACUCUGGAUGGCCUGGAGAACCGGGAAGGAGGGGUCUGCCAGACACGCUCCAUGAAGAUUGUCAUGAAAGUUGGGCAGGAUCCAAACGCGGUGAUCCCGGAGCAGCUGACAACGAGUCGGCCGAGCAAGGAGUCUGAUGACACYGUGAAGGUGGUCACACAGAGCCCCCGCAGCAAGGUCCCGGCGGUGGAGGAGCCUGGCAAGCCGGGCUCCGUCAACCAGGACGGCCAGGAGACCCAAGGUCCCAGCGACGGCUUCCUGAGCUCCAAGGUGGCCGUGUUCGCGGCCAUCGGCGCCGGCUGCGUCAUCUUCAUCCUCAUCAUCAUCUUCCUCGUCGUGCUCCUGAUCAAGAUCCGCAAGCGGCACCGGAAGCACACGCAGCAGAGAGCCGCAGCCUUGUCCCUCAGCACCUUGGCCAGCCCCAAAUGCAGCGGGAACGCGGGCUCGGAGCCCAGCGACAUCAUCAUCCCCUUACGGACUACAGAGAACAACUACUGCCCGCACUACGAGAAGGUGAGCGGGGACUACGGGCACCCCGUCUACAUCGUGCAGGAGAUGCCCCCGCAGAGCCCAGCCAACAUUUACUACAAGGUGUGAGGAGCAGCCUGGGAACGGCCGAUGCAGCAGCGCGGGAGCGCCGGGCACGGGGCUGGCGCCGCAGGGAGGAAG